AUGGUGGCCUCUCUACACGCUCUCCCCUGCGCCACGCUCCUCCUCCUCGUCGUCCUCGUCCCACACGCGUGCAUGUGCAUGGCGGCCUCCAAUAAAACGACGCUGCAGGACAGGUGCGAGAGCUACGCCGGCGGCGACCGGAGCAGCUUCGACUACGAGUAUUGCGCCUGGACGCUGCAGCGCGCCGACAAGGAGGGCGCCGCCACCGCCGACGCGCUGGGCCUCGCCGUCAUCGCGGCGAGGCUCGCCAGGGCGACGGCCAGCACCACGCGUGCCGCGUUCGCGGCUGCACGGCAGGACUCGCCGCUGGCUGACGGCGACUUCGGGCUCGACGACGAGAUCGAGUUGGCGAUCGCCAUGUUGCCGCCGCCACGGCCAUCGCCGCCAUAUCUAUAA